GGCUUCUGAGAAGCGGUGAUGCAAGGAGUUUCUAGGAAAGCGCCGAGGCCAGGUCUGAAAGCAACUUUUGGACUGUGAAUCGAAGCACGAGGACAGACACAAGAUGGCGUCUCCGGCAGACAGUUGCAUCCAGUUCACACGGCAUGCGAGUGAUGUCCUCCUCAAUCUCAACCGCCUGAGGAGCAGGGAUAUCCUGACGGAUGUGGUGAUCGUGGUCAACCGGGAGCAGUUCCGAGCCCACAAAACAGUUCUGAUGGCCUGCAGUGGCCUUUUCUACAGCAUCUUCACAGACCAGCUGAAGUGCAAUUUGAACAUCAUCAACUUGGAUCCUGAGGUCAACCCCGAAGGAUUUGGCAUCCUUCUUGAGUUCAUGUACACCUCCCGCCUCAACUUGAGGGAGAGCAACAUCGUGGCCGUCAUGACCACCGCCCUCUACCUGCAGAUGGAACACGUCGUGGAUACGUGCCGCAGGCUUCUCAGCUCCAGCGAGGCAGAGAUGAUGUCUGCUGUGAAGACUCCCCGGGAUGAAUUCUUGGCCAAUCGGAUGCUGAGUCAUCCCGAGAUGAUGGCAUACAGGACCAGGGACAUGUCGGAGAACGGCAUGCCCCUUCGGAAUGGGCCGAUUUGCGACGGGCGUGCCUUUGCCACUAACUUGUACAGCAGCCUGUCCGGCUCCCCCCUCUCCUACACUGGAUACAGCCCCAUGACUGUCAAUGGCUACCUUUUCUCCGAUGAAGAACUGCGAGAGUCAAGAAUGCCCUUGUUGGACGCUUCCCGGGCCAACCUUUUCCCACGGGAACGGGCGCUGCCUUGCAACACUUCCCGGGCGGGUGCUCCUGAUUACACCCGAGCCGUCACCGAUGUCUCCCCCAACACGUGCCGUGCUGCCGUCUACUCGCCGAAAGAAGCCGCCGCUGAAGACGUCAAGGGUGACCCGCGCUACAGUCCGGGUCCCAAGCCGGCGACCCCGCUGGCGCGGAACAACCCCUACUUCGUUUGCGACAAGGUGAGCAAGGAAGAAGACAAGUCCUCCGCGGAAGAAGAAAUGGGCCAGCACUUCGAGCCGACCAAUGCCCUGAUGAACCGCAAGGUGCUCACCAGCCCUCAGAGCCCCCAGAAGUCGGACUGCCAGCCCAACUCGCCGACCGAGUCCAGCAGCAGCAAGAAUGCCCGCAUCGGCCAGGGCGCCGGCUCCUCAUCGGCCAAGAGCCCCUCCGACCCCAAGGCCUGCAACUGGAAGAAGUACAAGUUCAUUGUUCUCAACUCUCUCAACCAGAACGCCAAGCAGGACGGCCCCGACCAGAACGAGGCGGGGAACCUUUCGCCGCACUCUUACGCGCCCUCCCUGGCUUGCCAACAGUCCAUGGAGCCGGAGAACUUAGACGUGCAGUCUCCCACCAAAAUGAGCAUUAACGGAGAAGACUCGACGAUUCCCCAAGCAAGCAGGCUGAACAGCAUCGUGAACAGGUCGUUAGACGGCUCCCCGCAGAGCAUGGAGGGGCAGUCGCCCUUAUACCUCCACUCGUCCAAAUGCAGUUCCUGCGGCUCGCAGUCUCCCCAGCAUUCAGAGAUGUGCCUUCAUACCCCCGGCUCGAACUUUGGAGAAGAGAUGGGGGAAACGCAGUCCGAAUACUCAGAUUCGAGUUGUGAAAACGGAACCUUUUUCUGCAACGAGUGUCACUGCCGGUUUUCCGAAGAGGCUUCUCUCAAGAGACACUCCCUCCAAAUGCACAGCGACAAGCCCUACAAGUGUGACCGCUGCCAGGCCUCCUUCCGCUACAAGGGGAACCUAGCCAGCCAUAAAACCGUCCACACAGGUGAGAAGCCCUAUCGCUGCGGGAUUUGCGGGGCUCAGUUCAACCGGCCUGCCAACCUGAAGACUCACACGCGGAUCCACUCUGGAGAGAAGCCGUACAAAUGCGAGACCUGUGGGGCAAGAUUCGUCCAGGUAGCACACCUCCGCGCUCAUGUGCUGAUCCACACCGGUGAGAAGCCCUAUCCAUGCGAGAUCUGCGGCACACGCUUCAGGCACCUCCAGACGCUCAAGAGCCACCUUCGGAUCCAUACCGGAGAGAAGCCGUACCAUUGUGAAAAGUGUAACCUGCACUUCCGCCACAAAAGUCAACUCCGCCUCCACCUUCGCCAGAAGCACGGGGCCAUCACGAACACGAAAGUGCAGUACCGGGUCUCGACUGCGGAGGUCCCCCCAGAGCUCCCAAAGGCUUGCUGAAGACGGACCC